AUGGGUGCAGACAUUGAUAAAGAGAUAAACAAAGAUGGAUCUGGACCUUAUAUUUUUAAAAUAUGUGGACAAGUGCAUCAUUUGAUGGGCUCUGUUUUACCAUCUGAUGGCAAACCCCCAAAAUAUGCACAAUUGUAUGUUUAUGAUACUCAUAAUGAAAUAUCAAAUCGUAUCAAUGCUAUAAGUCCUGGCAAAAAACAAAAAAUUGAUCAUGAUAUCGUAAGCGGACUUAUACAAAUGUUUGAUGAGAUAAAUGAGUUAACAAAGAUAUUUCGAAAUGUCAGAGAUAAAUUUGAAGAUAACUCUUUACCGACAUUUAAUAUGACUAUGCUAAGUCGUCAACCGUUUGAUAGCAAGCAAUAUGAAGAACCAACAAAUGAAGAAAUAGCUGGUCUAAUUGUAGGUGAUAUCGGUGAAUUUAAUUCAAACAAAGAUAUUAUUGUUCAGUCUAAUGAUGGAAGUUUGAAACGAAUCUCCAGAAUACAUCCUAAAUAUAUGUCGUUGCAAUAUCCUAUACUUUUUCCUUACGGAGAAGAUGGAUAUAAGAUUGGCUUAUAUUUGCAACGAAAUUCUGGAAACGAGGAUGACAAUAGGAAAAGAAUGUCAAUGCGUAAUUAUAUUACAUACCAAGUUCACGACAGAAGUAACCAAAACAGCACUCUCUUAAAAGGUGGAAGAUUGUUCCAACAAUAUUUGGUUGAUGCUUAUGCAACUGUUGAAGAGAAUGAGCUAGCUUAUAUUAGAGCACACAACGAUGAUUAUAGAAUUGAAAAGAAAAUGGAUAUAUUUGCUGCUUCUUCAUCUGGAAUUACUGAAAGUCGUGAUGUAGGACAGAGAAUCAUUCUUCCAAGCUCUCAUACAGGUAGUCCACGAGAUAUGAUCAACAAUUACCAUGAUGCAAUGGCAAUUUGUAGACAAUAUGGUAAUCAAGAUCUAUUUAUAACUUUACUUGCAAUCCUAAAUGGCCUGAGAUAA